AUGGACAUGAAUCAGAUCGCAGAAGAAAGUCUCGCAGACAAUACGCUGAAGAACGUGAUCCAGUACAUCGAACUCCAACAGCAAAGCAAACGCUCACUUCAGUCUGGACCGUCGGUGAUAACGGGAGACUCCAGGCUCUCAGAUUCCAAUUUCGGUUUAUACGAGUUAUACUUUCUGGAGAAUGACGCUGUUUUGGUCAGAAAAUAUCCAACCACGAUGAGGAAAUUGGACCAUGAGAAUAUUAAUCGAUUCAUUGGGCUUUCAAUUGAUGGUGCUCAAUAUGCAGCUGAUUUAAUAGCAAAAGGCUCGUUGUUGUUUGAUCCCUUCUUUAUGCUGUGCAUAAUGAGGGAUGUUGCUGAGGGUCUUAAAUAUCUGCACAAUUCAUUCAUCGGUGUUCAUGGUAGUCUCAGUUCGCAGUGUUGUUUGGUAAAUGACAGUUGGCAAGUUAAGCUAGCAGACUACGGUACCGGAUCCUUGCGAGAGGAUGAUCGUGUAAAGAAAAAACGUAAACAUUUUUUAUGUGCUUUGUUGACUUAUCAACCGGUUAUCAGCGAAUACACUUGA